UCUACGUUUUCCCGUCCUCCAGCAGACAGUCGCAAGCGUGUCUGUUUUUUAGAAGAGAAGGGUUUUAUGACAGUAAACGUAACGUUUUACCAUUGAAUUGAUUUACUAACUCUCACUUUCACAAUUGGGAUGGUAAAUGGAAAACAGAGCAACUGAGAUGUCCAACAUAGUGCAGAAAUCGUUCACAUUCGAAGAAUACGAAGACCCGAAGCAAUCACUGAAUGUUUCCAUCCCUGAGGUCCUUGACCCACAAUAUGGGAUGCAUGUAUGGCCCUGCGCAGUGGUAUUAGCACAAUAUGUGUGGACACACAGGGAAGAGCUGAUGCACAAAACAGUGCUAGAGCUUGGGGCUGGCGUGAGUUUACCUGGUGUGGUGGCAGCAAAGUGUGGGGCACAAGUGAUGUUGUCAGACAGUGCAGAACUUCCACUGUGUCUGGAGAACUGUAGGCGCACCUGUGAAGUGAAUGAACUGCCCAAUGUGCUUGUGGUGGGUAUUACCUGGGGAGAAGUCUCCCCAGACCUUCUGCUCCUCCCUCCAUUAGACAUCAUCUUGGGAUCAGAUGUUUUCUAUGAGCCUCAAGAUUUUGAAAAUGUCCUGGUGACCAUCUCCUUCCUCUUGAGAAAAAACCCUGAGGCCCAAUUUUGGACAACUUACCAAGAGAGAAGCGCCGACUGGUCCAUAGAGGCAUUGCUGCACAAAUGGAACUUGAAGAGUCUCAACAUUCCACUGGAGAAAUUCCAUGCCAACAAAGAUCAACUAGCUGGGUCAACACUUCCUGGAAUCCAUACUGUACAAAUGAUUAUAAUCAAGGACAAGGAAAGCUGAAUGAAAGACAAUUGUCAAUUUAUCCUUCAGUUACUACCAGCAAGGCACAUUCAAAGUCAAAUAGUCAUGACGCAAUACAAGAUCAAUGGUUCAAAACUCAAUGAAUUAUAAA